AUGAAUUCCUUAAAAUGUUUCAUUAUUUUUGUGGUUUAUAUGCUAUCGACUAUAAGCACCGCUACAAUUGAUAAGAAACUUGUUUGCUUUUGGAACCCGAUGGCGUCAAACAGAAACGGCAGGGGUAUUUUUACUGUCAAAAACAUCGACCCGCACCUCUGCACUCAUGUUGUUUAUGGAUACUUCAGUGCUGAUUCUGAUGGAACAAUUUACCAGCCUCAGUUUGGCAACGUUGAUGAAUAUUACAUUUAUAAUUUUGUACAUCAUCGAAAAAUAAAUCCAAGUCUUCAAAUAAUAGCAUCAAUUGGAGGUCCUGACUUUCCAACAGACAAUUUUGAGAAAUUAUCCUCAGAUGCCAGCAAGCGAGUUGCAUUUGCUGAAAAAAUUCUCCAAUUUGUAAAAGAUUUUGGAUUCGAUGGUGUUGAUUUGUAUUGGCCGUACCCAAAAGGAACAGAUAAGACAAAUUUUGUGAAGCUUUUUGUGGAAGUAAGCAAGCUUUUGAAAGCAGACAACAAAAGUUUGACAAUCUCUGCAACACCAAAUGGACAGAAUCCAUUGAAUAUGUACGAAUUGAAUGCUGUUGAGAAAUUGGUUGAUUUUGUUAAUUUGGAUAUUGCCAGAAUGUACGACAUUGAUGGGAUGUACAGCUAUGCUGUUCCUCAUGCCCCAAUCCGAUCAUUGCCAUACAAACAAAACCUUGAUAUGGAAACAAUCAUUUCCAUGUGGAUUUCAUCAGGUUUUCCACUUGAUAAAAUAAUCCCAGGAAUUCCAACUUAUGGAAGAUCAUAUUCUUUGAAAAAUUCAUACAUUUUUGGAGUUGGAGCUGCAGUCAUAAGAAAUGGAAAUCGUGGAGAAUAUGGAGCUGAAAAUAUCCGCAAAACUUCAAUUCUUCCAUUCAAUGAAAUUUGUUAUAAUUUAGAGCACAACUCUAACUGGAGACGACUUUAUCACGCUGAGUCAGGUUCACCUUAUGCUGUCUAUGAUGUUAAUCAGUGGAUCAGCUUUGAUGAUAUACAAUCAGUUCUCGAAAAAGUAAAUUUCGCAAUUAAUGUGAAAAACCUUGGCGGUAUUGCAUUUUAUGACCUUGAUAUGGAUGAUUUUGCUGAUAACUGCGGAUAUGGCAACUUUCCUUUGAUCAAUGCCGCUCGACGUGAAAUUUUUAACAAAACUGAUACAGCAACAGAACCACAACCUGAUUACACUACACCAAAUCCUGAAUUUUCGUGUAGAGGCCGGGCUGAUGGAAAUUAUCAAAAUGUUCUUAAUUGCAGAACUUUCUAUACAUGUGCAAAUGGAUUCAGAUAUACAAUGAAUUGUCCUGGAAGUCUUUAUUAUCAUGAGAAUGUCGAUCAGUGUUUGUAUAAAUCUAACAAUAAUUGCGUAGUUCCAUAA